AUGUGGUCUUUGAUGAACGAGUAUGGUGGAUCCUCCUGCCGUUGCCAGUCGUGGCUGCAAAGGCUUGGUAUUUGGGUUUCCUUCUCCCCCUGGCCCACCCCUUCAAUCGUGAAAUGGACCCGGCCUAACGGGGGCUCAAUUAAGCUCAAUGUGGAUGGGUCCACCUUGGAUAAACCUGGGAGAUCAGGUGGAGGAGGUGUCUGUAGAAAUCAUAAUGGGGACUUCGUUUUCGCGUUCUCAGUGCACUACGACAUCGGCUCUAACACCAAAGCCGAACUCAGAGCUGUGUACAACGGGUUGCUGCUCUGUUCAGAGUUUGGCUUCAGCCAAAUUGAGGUCAAAUCUGUUUCUUUGUCUAUGGUGGCGCUUCUCAAUGGCUUGAUGGAUCUAGGAUGGCACUGGGGCUACUGGCUUCAGAGGAUUGAGAGGCUGAGGGCAGUCGGAUCGGUAACGUUCAUCCACAUCCUCAGGGAGGGCAACAUCCCAGCAUAUGGGAUGGCCCGUUCGGGGUCCUCCUCCCAGAGUUCCUUCUAUACGCGGCACGCUGCGGACCUCCCACCAAAGAUUAGAGGUGCGAUUUUCCUCGACAAGGUGGGGCUUAGAGCCUUUAGAGGCCCUCCUUCCCCAAGUCCCAGCCCUAGUAGAUAG